AUGCGCUGGUGUCUGUCGAGCCUACGGGAACUCACGCGCGCUAAGUCGAGCCACGUCACCCAUCCAAGCAUGACGGUCACCGUCUCCCCCGACCGUCACGCGGGGGGCGCGCAGCGCUGGGGCCCUCCGCGGAGUGUCACCCUGAAAAGGAGCCCUGGAUCACCUUUGGGGGUCAGCAUUGUCGGCGGCAAGGUCGAUAUAAUAUCACACCAGAACACCGCUAACGGAGAUGACAAAGCCAUAUUCGGGAUAUUCAUCAAGAAUGUCGUUCCCGACAGUCCGGCCGGCCUCUGUGGAGAACUGCAGACCGGUGACAGGAUCCUGGAGGUAGACGGGGUGUGCGUUAGAACCGCCCAGCAUGAGAGAGCCGUGCAGCUUAUAAAAGCUGCCGGUAACACCGUAACCCUCACCGUACAGAGCUUGAUAGCGUGGAAUACCGACUCAUCUGACGUGGACGCAUCGCCAGCGCCAUCACGGAAACCUUCGCACAAGAAGACGCCAGCGCCAAAACCGAUAGACCGAGCACCGAAACAUGACAUUAAGAUAACAGUGACUUCGGAAGCCGGCACAGAGAAAGAGGGGGUAAUAGACUCGGAGAAAGAGACGAAAGAGAAGGGAUCAUCGGAGACGGAAUCCUCUAAGCCAGUCUACUCAGACUCUGAUAGCAGCGACGAAGAGGAUGUACGGGAACUAAGCGGCAGAACCUACACAGAAAAGGGUGUUGAGAUCGAUCGCGCGUCCGCCGGAGCGAUCAAGCGCACUAGAGAAGAGAAGGAAGCAGACCCAGAGGAAGAAGAUGACUUCGGCUACACAGCAAUAGUACAGUACAGUGGUGACAGCCAAGUCGACUUGCCACUGUCCGACGGU